AGCUGCACCUCAUUAAUUUCUUCGGUUAUCCAUCCGUGUCUUGUCACUGUUCCUGCUUGGAUUAUCUCCAUUCCUUAAUAGCACUAUGUCGAAUGUUCAGUUGCCCUGCAGUACGUUGGAUAGGCUUGCAGCCAGGAGGACCUUUCCUCUCCACGCCCGAACAGGAGUGUGCAGGAACCUUUUCGGACCGGUGGACCACGACGAGCUGGAUCGGGAGAUGAAGACCAAACUCCGGGAGAUCAGAGAAAGUGACCAGCGCAAAUGGAACUUUAACUUCGAAACCCACACCCCAGUAGAAGGCGGCGAUUACGUCUGGGAGGCGACGGCGAUGGAUGCGAUCCCCGCGUUCUACAGAGACUCUAUUCAAAUUGGGAAAACACGGAUUACCGUGCCGGUGUGGACCAGGUCUCUCUUGGGCUUGCACCAAACGAUUAGUAAUGGCAGGGACGAGUCCAGCGUGGGUCAGGAUUUUUCCUCGCCCUCGGCUUGCACUACCGCCCCGGAGAGUCGAUUAACCGCGGUGGAGGGUGCAGUGAACUCCGGGGACAGGAAUCAAGAAAAUCAAUCGGAUAAUUUCAACUCGGGAAUAAGGACAACCAGCAGAGCCGUGCCGUGCACACCACGAAAACGGGCGUCUGCGAGCGCAAACAGGCAAAUCACAGGUAAGGACGAAGGAAAAAAAAGUUUACACCCUUGUUAG